AUGGAUGAUACAUUCGAACGAAGUUUAACAUUGAGCUUUUACCCGAUUUUGACACGCAAUGAGUUCUCUCAUGAAAUGGUUCGUGGAAUGGCUGUUGGUGGAACUACGGGAUGUAUCACCCAAUGUCUCACAUUCCCUGCUGAGUUUGUGAAAACAAAAAUGCAACUGGAUGGGAAAAUGGAUGCACCGAGAUAUCAAGGAAAUUGGGAUUGUGUCAAACAAAUCACUAGAAAGAAUGGAGUAUAUGGCUUAUACAAAGGAUUACCAAUUGCUCUUAGUGGUAAACUGGCGGCAGUCUCUUGCAGAUUUGGAGCAGCUGAGUAUCUCAAGAGCAAAACAGUAGGUGAAACUGGAGUCCUCUCUACCCAGCAGAAAGUGAUCUGUGGUUUUGGCGCAGGGAUUGCAGAGGCUGUCUUUGCUGUCACUCCUUUUGAAACAAUAAAAGUGAAAUACAUUCAAGCACAAGGUUCGGAAGAACAAUCGAAGCCGUGUGGUAUUAUUCAAGAAACCAAGAAUAUUCUGAAAAAGGAAGGAGCACAUGGUAUCUAUCAAGGAGUGACCGCUACAGUCUUAAAACUUGGAGUGGAUCAGAUGAUCAAGUUUGUUAUCAUGGAUUUGCUCAAGGAUUUCUACAAAAAUAGAAACGACACAAAAGAGGUUCCACUACUAAUUCUUGCAAUGACUGGAGUGACUGCUGCCAGCGUGGCAGUGUUUAUGAGCACCCCACUAGAUGUGGUUAAAACUCGUAUGCAAAGUUUCCAAGGGAGGGACUUCAAAAACUUUGUACAUUGUGUCAAGACCAUCUGGAAAGAAGAAAAGUUAAUGGGGUUCUACAAAGGCACACUCCCACGCUUGUCGAGAGGGUGCGUUGAUCUCGCGCUGACACAAGUGUUGUAUGGGAUGCUAUCUGAGCAAUACAACCGUCUUUCGAAUAGGGAUUGA